AAUCCAAAACAGUUCUGUGAGAGAAGCCCACGCGUUCACAACAGAGAUGAUUAUUGUUUUAUGGCUUGUUGUGGCUCUGAGUGUGAUUGUGCACUGGUUUUAUAGAGUAAACAAAGAAUAUUAUGUUCUGGCCUUUUUCGCCCGACGAGUUAAGGCCAAGGAGGGCAAAUCCCUGGAGGACUUGGCCCCCAUAGCCACGCCGCGUUUUUUUUGUGGCAACAGUUUCGAUUUGUAUGGGAAAAACCCAGCCGAAGUUUUCCAGUAUAUGCGGGACCUGGCCAAAGGAUUCGGACGAAGCUAUCUUCAAUAUGGAAUGAGUAUCUCGCAUUACAACGUUAUAGAUGCCCACACCACGGAGAGUAUCUUAAAUCAUCCAAAUCUGAUAACCAAAGGAAUGGCUUAUAAUUUUCUCCAUCCAUUUUUAAAGACCGGUGUUUUAACAUCAAAAGCAAAGAAGUGGCACACCAGACGAGGUAUGUUGACAAGGACAUUCCAUUUCAAUAUACUCAACCAGUUCCAGGAGAUCUUUAUAGCCGAAAGCCUUAAGUUUGUUCAAGAAUUCGAAGAUGAUGAAAUAAGUCUUGUUUCACUGAGAGAACCAGUAGCAAGAUUUACUCUGAACAGCAUUUGCGAGACUGCCAUGGGUAUAAGGCUAGAUGAAAUGGCUGAAAAGGGCGAUCGCUAUCGGGAAAACUUUCUGAUGAUCGACGAAUGUUUCAUAAGGCGCUUGAGAAACCCUCUAUAUUGGGGGGAUUACUUUUAUAAUAUUUUUGUUGCCAGAGAUUAUGAUGCUGCUUUAAAAGUUUGUCAUGAAUUUUCCAGUGAAAUUAUAGCCAAGAGAAGGAUCUUACUAGAAACUGAAUUAGAAUACAGAAGAGCUACUCAAACUGCCGAUGAUGAUUUAUGCGUUCCGAGAGGAAAACCUUUUGCCAUGUUGGAUACCUUGAUUUGCGCUGAAAAAGAUGGCCUAAUCGAUCACAGUGGCAUUUGUGAGGAGGUGGACACUCUAGUGGCUGAAGGGCAUGACACCACGGCAGUGGGACUUACUUUUGGCUUGAUGAACAUGUCCAUUUAUGGGGAGGAGCAGGAACUCUGCUACCAGGAGAUCCAAGAACACAUUGAAGACGACUUGAGCAACCUUAACCUGAACCAGUUGAGUAAACUGAAACACCUGGAAUACUUUUUAAAAGAAACUAUGAGACUAUAUCCUGCCGUUCCCAUGUUGGCACGGCAGGCUGUCCAGGAAACAGAGCUCCCCAAUGGCUUGAUUCUCCCGAAAUGCUCUCAAAUUAAUAUACAUGUCUUCGAUAUCCAUCGGAAUCCUAAAUACUGGGAUGAGCCGGAGGAAUUUCGACCGGAACGGUUUCUCCCAGACAACUGCCAGAAACGGCACCCUUACGCCUAUAUUCCAUUUAGCGCCGGACAAAGGAAUUGCUUGGGUCAAAAAUAUGCCAUGCAAGAGAUGAAAACCCUCUUAGUGGUCAUUCUCAAAAAAUUCAAGAUUCUGCCGGUUAUCGAUCCGAAAUCCAUUGUCUUUCAAACGGGAAUCACACUGCGCACUCAGAACGAAAUAAAAGUUAAGUUUGUGAAAAGGAAAGUGUCAUCGUGAGAAGACUUAAAAGCUAGUACAUAUAAGUAUGUAGGUUUCUCAAACUGAAAGUCAUGAUGCCUUGCAAAAAGAUUGUUUGUUUUGUAAUCGUAAUACAGUGUCGUUUGGACAAACAUU